AUGUCCAGAUCCGUGUCUACACUGACCGUGGCCACCUUCGUGGAGCUCAGCACCAAAGUCAAGAUGCCCAUCCUGGGCCUGGGCACCUGGAAGUCAGAGCCUGGUCAAGUCGAAGAGGCUGUGAAGGCAGCUAUUGACAUGGGGUACCGCCACAUUGACUGUGCCUUCAUGUACCAGAACGAGAGCGAGGUGGGGGACGCCAUCCAGGAGAAGCUCCAAGAGAAGGCUGUGAGGAGGGAGGACCUCUUCAUCGUCAGCAAGUUGUGGUCUACCUUCUUCGAGAGGCCCCUGGUGAAGGAAGCCUGUUUGAAGACCCUCAAGGAUCUGAAGCUAGACUAUCUUGACAUCUACCUUGUUCAUUGGCCACAGGGGCUGCAGCCGCAGAAGGAAAUUCUCCCCAAAGACGAGAAAGGCAAUGUCCUCCUCAGUAAGACAACAUUCUUGGAUGCCUGGGAGGUAGAUGGCAUGGAGGAACUGAUGGACAAAGGGCUUGUGAAAGCCAUUGGUAUCUCCAACUUCAACCACUUCCAGAUUGAGGGGCUCUUGAACAAACCCAGGCUGAAACAUAAACCAGUGAUUAACCAGAUUGAGUGUCACCCAUACCUCACACAGGAGAAGCUGAUCCAAUACUGCCAGUCCAAGGGCAUUGCAGUCACUGAUUACAGCCCUCUGGGCUCUUCAGACAGACCCUGGGCUGAGCCAGAGAACCCUUCACUGCUGGAGGACCCUGGGAUUAAGGAGACUGCUGCAAAGCACAACAGAACCCCAGCCCAGGUUCUGAUCUGGUUCCAAAUUCAGAGGAAUGUGGUUGUGAUUCCCAAAUCUGUGACCCCAAAGCACAUUGCUGAGAACUUCCAGGUCUUCGACUUCCAGUUGAGUGAUGAGGAGAUGGCAACCAUGCUUGGCUUCAACAGAAACUGGAGGGCCUGCAUUGUGAAGGAAGUGGUCCAUUUGGAAGAUUAUCCCUUCACUGCAGAAUACUGA